AUGCAACGCACAUUCCACUUCGCGGGCCGCCGGAAUGGCAAGGUCAUGCGAUUCUUCUCCACGACAGCAGCACGACCUGCCAUCAACAAGAUAUUUCCAUCUGCGCAAGAAGCCAUCAAGGACCUAAAGUCUGAUUCCACAUUAUUGGUUGGUGGCUUUGGCUUCUCCGGUGUACCGAAUACAUUGAUCAAUGAGCUACGCGAUCGUUCCGACAUCCAAAACCUUACAGUCGUCAGUAACAAUGCAGGCAUGCCGGGCGUCGGUCUUGGCCAGCUUCUGGAAACAAAACAAAUUGGCACCAUGGUCGCAAGUUAUAUCGGAGACAACAAGGUCUUCGAACAGAUGUACUUGAAGGGACAGCUGAGCCUUGAGUUGACCCCCCAAGGUACCAUUGCAGAGAAGUGCGCUGCUGGCGCCGCAGGUGUACCAGCUUUCUACACACCGGCAGCAUACGGCACAAUAGUGCAAACCGGCGAGCUCCCCGUCCGCUACAACACGGACGGUACCAUUGCCAAAAUGGCCCCACCCAAAGAAACUCGCGAAUUCAACGGCAAAUCCUACGUCCUGGAAGAAGCCAUCUUUGGCGACUACGCCUUCGUCAAGGUCGCCAAAGCCGACCGCCUCGGUAACUGCCAGUUCCGCAAAGCGCAAAAUAACUUCAACGAAGCCAUGGGCAAAAACGCGAAGAUCACCAUCGUCGAAGCCGAUGAGAUUGUCGAGGACGGACAAAUCGCGCCAGAGGAUAUCCACCUUCAGGGUAUCUAUGUUAAGAGGGUUAUCAAGAGUACCGAGGGCAAGCAGAUCGAGAGGACCGUGUUCUACAAAAGCCCCGAGGAGCAGAAGAAAGCUAUCUCCGAGGGCAGUUCAGAGGCGAGCCAGAAGCGCGAGCGCAUCAUCAAGCGCGCAGCGCAGGAGCUCAAGGACGGCAUGUACGUCAACCUCGGUAUCGGCAUGCCUCUUGCUGCGCCGGCAUUCCUCCCCGAGGGCACGGAGAUCAUCCUCGAGUCUGAGAACGGUAUCUUGGGUAUGGGCCGCUACCCGAAGCCUGGUGAGGAAGACCCGGAUCUCAUCAACGCUGGAAAGGAGACUGUCACGCUCAACAGCGGUGCGUCCACGUUCGGCAGCCACGAGAGCUUUGGCAUGAUCAGGUCUGGAAGGAUUGAUGUUGCUAUGCUGGGUGCCAUGCAGGUCAACCAGUACGGAGAUCUUGCGAACUUUAUGCUCCCCGGUAAGGUCAAGGGCAUCGGCGGCGCCAUGGACCUCGUCGCAAACCCCACCCAAACAAAGGUCAUUGUCACAAUGGAACACGUCGACAAGAAGGGUAACCCCAAGAUCCUCAACCAGUGCACAUUCCCCCUUACCGGGCCUAAGUGCGUCUCGACCAUCAUCACCGAUCUUGCGGUGUUUGACGUUGAUAGAGUGGAGGGCUUGACACUUAGGGAAUAUGCCAAGGGCGUCACGGUUGAUGAGAUCAAGGCGAAGACUGAGGCGCCGUUCAAGGUUGCCGAGGAUAUCAAGGAGAUGAACAUUUGA